AUGGAUGCAUUAACCAAAAUAAGCAGGGUUUUUGAUAAUGUGAAACAAGUUGUCAAGGAGAAGAAUUCAUCUACUCGUCUUCAAAGUCUCAAAAAAGAUAUAUUACUUAUACAGUCGGAACUCCUAGUGUUAGGAAAGGAAAAUCAUGGUUUACAUAUUAGGUCACUGGCAAUGGAAGGGUAUCUUGCUCUACUUUCUGCUAAGAUAAUGCCCUUAUCUCUCUCUGAGAAGAAGAAUAUAUUGACUGUUGCAUUCGAGAAACUUAAACAACACGCACAAUGCGAGGAAACCUUAUUCGUUUUUCUUAGAAUACAGAACUUACUGUGUUAUUUUCUAAUACAACUCGAUGAAAUUAAUCGAGCAAAAUACAUUCUUGAAAAUGUUGAGGAAAUGUACGAUGAUAUAAGUAAUUCUAAAGCGCAUAUGUUCAUAGAUGCUGAAGAUUUGUUUGUACCUGAACCAGUUAGUAACAUAAAGAGAAUGAGUUCAGAGAAAAUAGACAAAUUGAUAACAAAUAAUGUACAAAUGUUAGCCUUCUUGUAUAAUAAAUUAAAUCUACCCCAAAAAUAUACAUUGUAUAGUCAUACAGCAUUGAGAAGGCAAUUGGAGAUGAAAGAAGGCACUCCGCAAGAAUGGGCUAUGCGUACUGCGAGGCUAGGCAAUUAUUUCUCUUAUCUUAACCAACUUGGAAACGCGCGGCAUCAUUUGUGUGCGGCUUACCACAUUUUGCGUACUUGUCAUGACAAUUGUAAACUCAUACCAGAAGAAUUCGUCCUUCAAAAGGCAGACUUUGAGAUGCAUUUCUUAGAGCUUAGUCAUCAUUGGGUUAAAUAUGGGCUCACUCUGUUUAAAUUAUCAAGAAAAAAAAUUUUGAACAGCGUUUUUUCAGGACCUUCUGGUGCCUCUGCGACUGACUUGUGGAAUACUGUCGAUUUUGUAAAUGAGAGUCUCGUUGACACCGAUAAUAAUAGUCAAAAAGAAAACAGUAAGGAUUCUGGAUCAGAAAAAUACGAAAAGGGGGAUUGCUUAACGGAAAAAGUUUAUAUUUUUCCUUCUUUAGACCUCACCGAUAUUGAGAGAAAGGUUCCAUUGGAAAUUAUAACCAAUUCGAUUGAAGCACGAAAACUGUUUUCUUUUACCCACAAAUGGUUGAAGCGUGCGGAACACUAUUAUGAUUUUGAACAUCAUUCGUCUCAUUAUAUAUCUUGCUCGCUGCAGCUCGCUGAACUGUAUGAACAUCUUGCUUUUUUUGAAAAGAAUAUUGACAAUCAAUAUACCGUUCAAAAAAGAAGGGCUGAUGUCUUGGAGACACUAAAUUCAUUAUUAAAAAAUUGCGACAACGUUAUGUCAAUACAAAUAGAUGUUAUAAAAGAGCUCUCUCAAGUUCAAUUAGAACUGAUGGCACUAAAUUUGCAAAAAUUGUGGCGUGAAGAAUCGCAAACUAACAUAUUGAAUGUAGACAACGAUACAGAUUCUAUAAUACAUUCCCUUAACUCUGAAUCAAAUAAAACCUUAACAGAAAAGACAUUAAAUACGAGUUCAAAAAACAUUUUUCUGCGCAAAAUGGAAGCCACUACGUCCAUCAAUGGUAAAUUGUUUCGGCUCAGCGGACAGAUAGAUCCGGGAACUCCAUCAGAGUUAAGUUUUGAUUACGGAAUACUGGGAAAUUAA